AAUCACUUCAAUCACAUCUUCUCCUCAGCCCCCACUCCCUCCCCUCGUAGACAACCAUUUGAAAUGAAAUCAUUUUCCAUAACCAACCAAACAACUCCCUCUCCCACAAUGUACUGUUUCUUCCCACUCUUUCUGCUUCUUCCUUCUCUGCUCUCACUUCCCUCUGUCACUGCCAUGUUCAUGCCCCCCUUUGAAGCUGAGACCCUCUUCAAGAUCAUGGAUUCCAUGUCCUCUGAUCAAAAUUGGAGGCUCUCUCAUCCCAAUCCUUGCAAACCAGGCUCCUCUUGGCCUGGACUGGAGUGCAAACCAGCUCCCAAUGACAAUAGUCUUCUUCAUGUCUCAAGGCUUGACUUUGGAACCUCCCCAAAUCCCUCUUGCAACCCCACUGCCACAUUCCCUUCAUUGAUUUUUGAUCUUCCUCACCUUCAAUCUGCCUUCUUCUUCACUUGCUUCACUCACACCAAGACCACUCUCUCUGUUCCCCCCACAGCCAUCUCAAAUUUUUCCUCACUGCAGCAGCUUAGCCUUCGGUCGAACCCGGCACUGACCGGUCCGAUCCCACCUCGAAUUUCUUCCCUCAAGUCCUUGAAGAUCCUCACAUUGUCUCAAAACCGCCUCGAGGGCGCGAUUCCGCCCGAGAUUUUCGGCUUGGUGUCCUUGGUGCACCUUGACUUGAGCUACAAUUUGCUCACAGGCAGCAUACCAAUUCAGUUGGGGAACCUCAGGAGCCUUGAAGGCCUGGAUUUGAGCUAUAAUUCGCUCUCUAGAUCAAUCCCAAGCACAAUUGGCCAGUUGGGUCUGCUUCAGAAACUUGACUUGAGCUCCAAUUCGCUCACAGACAACAUCCCUGAUAGCAUUGAGAAGCUGAAUUCCUUGGUUUUUUUGGCCUUCAGCAGCAACCAACUUGGUGGGCACUUCCCAAAAGGCUUGGAAAAGUUGCAGAAUUUGCAGUAUUUCAUAAUGGAUGACAAUCCCAUGCAAAUCUCUCUGCCUCUGGCAUUUGGAAAACUAGUGAAACUACAAGAACUCAGGCUUGCUAGUUCUGGCUAUUCCGGCACCAUUCCAUCAAGCUUCUCACAGCUAAAAAACUUGACCACUUUAUCUCUACAAAACAACCAUUUGACUGGAGAAAUCCCAGUUGGAUUCAGUGGUCUUUCUCGCAUAUAUCACUUGAAUCUCAGCAGAAACUCCCUGAGUGGCACUGUGCCUUUCAACUCAAGUUUCUUGAAGAGGAUGGGCCAAAACUUGGAUCUCAGUGGAAACCCAGGUCUUUGCUUGAGCCCUUCUGAAGCAACCGGCCAAAAGUUUGGAGUAAAUGUCUGUGGAACUGAUGAAGAAGGUGCCUCAUUCUUCCAACCAAUGAACAAAUCUCCACCUAAAUCAAGUUUCUGUUAUCUAUUUGCUUUCCUUCCUUGUUUGGUAAUGCAUCGUAUAUUGUUCCACUAUGAUCUCAUUCUUGUUUAA